CUAGUUGUCAGGUUUGAAUGGAGAGUCUGUUUACCACAACAUGAUGAGUACGUUGGAGGUUGUGUAUACAAGUUGGGGAAGUUCUGAUCUCUCCCAUAAAGACGAGCUGUGGAAGUCAUGACAAUGCUGCAGGACCCCCUUUCCCAUAAAGAUGAUGGAGAAGGCCAUCCUAAAGAAAAGACGGAUAAAGGAAUCAGCUUACCUCUUAUCCGCAACACUGCACUCUCGUAUUCUAACUGUGAUCUAGAUUGGAAGCCUUCUGCAAGAUGGUUGCCCUCUCCAAGAUACUCAGAUGCUCCACUGCCUCACAUCAAAUUAAACAAGUUCCCGGAUCGAAUCAGACUUCAACGUUCUUAUCCAAGAAGUGGUUUAGCUGGUGGAGCUGAAUGGAGCUUUUACCCCAACUUGGGAUUCCCCUUCACUUAUCACAAUGGCAAACGCUGCAUUAUUGACGGAGUUCAUCAAAGCAAUCAGAUGUCUUCACAUGUACAGUCAUUACCAACCUGCUUGGGAAGGAAAAAGAAAGUCUCUGAUCUCAGAAAUGGAAUCCCUGAGGCCCAGCCAGGUGAUAAACCUUUCCAUACAGUGGAAUACAGCCCCGACUUCCAUAAAUUUGGAUCAACAAUGCCGGUGGUGAAUUUCAGGGAGUCAUUUAAAGUUAAAGCUGACACAUUUAUUCCUCUUCAGAAAAUGCCCAAGACACCAAGUGUUCCUUAUAAAGUCAGAGUUCAGAAGAAGAGUCUGGAAGAAGAAAUGAGAAAUGUAAAAGAGCUUAACUCCUGGAAACCUGCCCAACGAAACUUCCUCCUUGACGUACCCAGCAACUGAUGCAACAUAAAACUUGAAUAGAGGGGAACAAAUGCAGCACAGUGCAAUACUUUCUUCAUCCAAUUUUUAAAUUUUUUGUAUUGUUGUUGCAUUGUUAUAUUAUUAUGUUCAUUGUGGUAAUAUUAUUUUUAAAUCUGUGGCCAGUAAUAAGUACAGUAAAACAA